CUUCCUCCUGCGUAUACCAUUAGCUCGCUGUUUCCUCAUUGUAUCUAAGCUUCCUUGCUGCAGUCCUAUAACCACUCUCGCUUCCAUAACAACUUGUUUGUCACACAUCAUUCCGUCAAGAUGACCACUGCACUCAAGAGCAUUCGAUCACUAGCCCCAUUGCUCGACCGAGUUUUGGUUCAGCGCAUCAAGGCCGAGUCCAGAACCGCCGGCGGCAUCUUCCUCCCCGAGAGCAGUGUCAAGGAGUUGAACGAAGCAAAGGUCCUAGCCGUCGGACCUGGUGCUUUCGACAAGGAUGGAAAGAGAAUAUCCAUGGGAGUCAAGGAGGGUGACAAGGUGUUGAUUCCUCAGUACGGAGGCAGCCCCGUCAAAGUCGGCGAGGAGGAAUACCAUCUGUUCCGGGAUUCAGAAAUCCUGGCCAAGAUCAACGAAUAGACCACCAAUAUAUCCAGUAUCUGAUUUUUAAAAAGGUGCUGGCGUUUUCGGCAAAAUCAUGUACUAUCAUAUCAGAUGAAGUCGCCAUCGAACAUCAUUCGGCCCCCCGAAAAAGAAGCCAUCAUAUUAGCGAAUUGUACACACCAUGUAUUACCAGUGUAUCUCCUGCCCAGGGCUUGGAUGAUGUUCUACGACAAAUUCAAAUUACUGGCAAGAGGAAAGAGGGAAAUAUGUGAUUGCAGCACGAGCAUACCCAUAGUAGAUAUUGCAGAUUGCAUUUCAUCCUGUGUAGUUUUCACAAGAACAAUUUCUCCACUCAAUGCAGCUACCACCCAUAUAUCUCGGAACAUAAUGAUCAGGCGUCCACUCAA